AUGUCGUCGAUUUUCCGUCGAAUUAUGAGCUUCCGGAAGCCGAAAAAAAUUCUGACCAGAAAAGAUUCGAUUACUGGCAGAAAUCACACAUUUGUAAGUGAAAAAUUGAUUCGAGUAUUUUAAAAAUUGUUUUUUUUUGCAGGAAGUUCCAUAUUUGUCUCGCUUGGAUGGAAAUCAAUUGCAAACUGGGCAAUCUUUGAUUGUCAGAGGUUAUAUAACAGGUAAAUAACAUGUUUCAUAUUAACUUUUAGACUAAAAAACAAAUUUAUUUAAAAAAAUACUUUCAUUUGAAAGUAUAAAAAUUUCAUUGUUCACGUCUUUCGAAAAAAACAUUUUUCAAAUUACCGUAGUCCAUUUUCGAAAGUGGGCGUGGCCUAAAUAAAACUACCGCAAAACAAAAUCAUAAUUUUUGUGAGACGCACAAAUAGUAUAAUAUGAGUAAUCCCAAAAAACAAUUCAAUGCAAAUUUUCUCAAUAAUACCUAUAACUUCUAGGCUCCGAUGGUUUCAUUGUCAAUUUGACAUCCGGUCCAAACGUUGAAUUGGACAAUGAUGGAAAUGGAACAUUGGAUGAUCGACUUCUUGCAAUCCGUGUUGAUAUCCCAAAAGGCCGUGUAUAUCUAAAUGCAUGUAUUGACAAUCAAUGGGGAAAAGAAGCAUUUAUCAAACAAUCGUAUAAAGAUGGAGAUGAAUUCGACAUUCGAAUUCGUUGUUUCGAUCAACAUUUUGAAAUCUAUGUUGAGCAUAAAUUGAUUGCUACUUUUAAACAUUACGUGGCAAUGUCAAAUAUAUCUCAUAUCUAUGUUCAAGGCGAUAUUCGUUUGUAUGCCGUUUCUUGGGAGGGAAAAUUAUAUGUGAGUUUGAUUUUGAUUUGAAAAACUGGAAUUGGAACUUAAAAUUAAAACGAAAGAGCAUUUUACAGACAAUUCCGUAUUCGGCUGAUAUUCCUGGAAAUUUCUACGUCGGUAGAAAACUUUUUGUAUCGGCGAUUGCGGACAAAAAGCCAAAAGAUUUUACGAUCGAGUUCUUUGCCAAUGGUGAAGAUAUCGCACUUCAGUUCUCACCUUCUUUCGUUCAAAAGGUAAAAUUAUAAGAUAAUUAGGCUUUGGUAGAUCACUUUUUGGAAGUAUUUCUACAGUAGUCUUGUAGUUCACUUUUUAAACUCAAAAAACAUUUGGUUAAAUUUUUUUCAGAAGACAACACGUAAAAGCCUUUUAUCUGGAACUUGGUCUUCCCCGGAAACAGGUCACGAGGGAAAAAUAAAAUUCCCUUUCAAAGCAAAAAGAUCGUUCGAUGUUUUGGUGUAUGCGAGCGAUGAGAAAUUCUUGAUCUUCGUUAACGAUGUUUUAUAUUGCACUUAUAAUCAUCGUCUUCCAGCUGACAAAAUAGACAAAUUAAUAAUUCAAGGAGAUAUUCAAUUGAUUGGUGUUCACAUUAAAUAA